AACUCAGCAAGACACACAGCAGACGUAUAUCACAAGAGAAUCUUAACUAAGAUUACGUAUUAUGUGAGAUAAAUAAGAAAUAAACUGCUUAUCAAGUGAAACUUGUGAAGGCUGUACCUACAUUUCAUAUUAAAAUAACUAAGCAAACUUGUUGCAGUUUAUUCAGGGAUGUGUUGAGACGCACGCUACUUUCAAUUACCAAUUCUACACAAUAUGGAUGAAAAUUUGAGCAGAGGAUACGUUCAGCUGGGCAAGGCUCGCGGUAUGAACGAAUUCAAGUUCACCAAUGGUUUCGCUCAUUUGUCACCGCCGGUCGACAAGUGCAACUUUGUUUACCUUGCCCUGGUGUUGGCAGGUGCGGGAUUCUUGUUACCGUACAACAGCUUUGUCAUCGCUGUCGAUUAUUUUCAAGCGCGAUAUCCUGGAACUACAAUCAUUUUUGACAUGUCGUUGGUUUAUAUUACGAUGGCCUUUUUCGCGGUGUUUGCAAACAACAUAUUGGUUGAAACUUUAUCUCUGAACACAAGGAUAACCUUUGGGUACCUAGUGUCUUUUGUGACAUUGAACUUUGUCGUUAUUUGUGAAAUCUGGUGGGAACUGUUUGGCGUUAAAGCUUCGUACACUAUCAACUUGGUUGCCGUCGCUGUCGUGUCUUUGGGUUGUACAGUUCAACAAUCGAGUUUCUACGGUUAUACUUCAAUGCUACCAAGUCGAUAUACUCAAGCCGUCAUGGCUGGGGAAAGCGCUGCUGGUUUUUGGGUCUCAACUAACCGUAUAAUAACGAAAUCCUUGGUCAACGACGAGCGUGGAAACACAUCAAUGUUCUUUGUCUUAUCCAUCCUGACAAUAGUGAUGUGCUUUGUGCUGCAUCAAGUUGUGCGGCAGACGGAUUUCGUCCAAUUUUACAUCACACUGUGCCAAGAAAGGUACAGAAUAACCUUGGAGCCUACGGAGGACGUUGGUUUGAUGGAUCCCUUGGACCACGUUGGAGAUUCAUCUAAAGGACAGUAUGGCGUUCUGAAACUCCAAACCAGCCCCCUAGCUACGGACUCCGCUGCCGCCGAAAACGUCGAUGCUGCGAGUAACGGACAAUAUUCAGCCUUUUCAUUCAGCAACCCUGUCUACGAGCCCGGUGCACCAUCUGGAAAUCCUCCCAACAGUGCUGGUCCAACUUACAAGGUUGAAGAUAUCGUUGUUCGUGCCCGUGGAACUUAUGGAUCCCGAAACAACAGGCCUUGGUCUGGAAUUAAGAGAGGUCUAUUGGCACGACUAGAAGUUGCAAAAUUGAUCUUUCCAUACAUGACAAGCAUAGGAGUUGCUUACUUUGUCACGCUCUGCCUCUAUCCAGGAAUAGUUUCCGAAAUUGUAUCCUGCAAGUUUGAAUCAUGGAUGCCGGUGAUUUUGAUGGCCGCUUUCAACGCAGCAGAUCUUCUGGGAAAAGUCUUAGCCUCGAUCCCAUACGAAUGGACUCGUACACAACUACUAUACUUUUCCGGAGCUCGUGCGAUUCUCAUUCCCCUGUUCCUACUGUGCGCCAUUCCAAGACGAGCGCCCAUUUUGUCAAGCGAAGGCUAUCCGCUAUUAUUCUCGCUGCUCCUGGGCUUGACUAACGGAAUUGUUGGAAGUGUACCUAUGAUUCAAGCGCCCAGCAAGGUACCGGAGGAGCACAAAGAAUUGACGGGCAACAUCAUGACACUGUCUUACACGACGGGACUGACCGUUGGAUCUCUACUGGCUUAUAUGCUCGAUGCUUGCCUGGGACCCCCGCUUCAAACGAAAGACAUAUGCCCAAAAGUCCGGAAGAUCAUAUCGGCUACAGUCAACUCCACAUCAUCAAUCCUCAUGCAGACAAGUACAAUGGCGACAAUCACCACUGGCCUUCCAAUGAUAGAUAGACUGACAAGAAUUCCUGAAUUGAAGACCAUCACGACCGCAGUCGCCGCUGCCAUGGCAACUACGGUAUUUUCCAACGACACAACAACGUUCUCCAACAGCAGUACGCUCAACGCUGUUACAACUGUGCUACCAAAAUUUUGGGCUAAUGCAACCGCGGCGAGCAACGCGAUUUUACCACAUUGAAAUAACGUGUGGCAGCUAACAUAUAUUGUCUCACUUAACUCUCCGUUUUCAUACUAGGUUUUCACGACCCAGAAAUUUUUAAAUCAAUAGUACAUUAUGUAACAAGGAAAUCAUGAACUUUUAUUCUUGUGUCACAUAUGAGACUUUAUUUUCGACUCAACUUUGGCCUCAUUAUUAACUUG